UGAGGAGUGGAAAACCACAACUUGCUCCUAGAAUCCCGUCAGCUGGUUCCUGACUGCAUAGGACCAGUCACCCUAGUCUAACCAGUCAGAACUGGGCAGAGUGGUUGUAUCCAGAGUUUUCCUAUGGGAAGGAGUUAAGUCUUUAUAGGAAGGCAAAGACAACCCAGUACGGCCUGGCCUGGCGUAUACCAAAAGCUGAGAUGUGGAGUGACUCCUAACCAAGUUGUCACUCUGUGGAAGGCUAGCCUCAAGGACACAGACAGACUUCUUCCCUCUCCACCGGCCUCAGCAGCAGCUGCCUGUGAGGACGCCACAGCCUGAGUCCUGGGAGCUGCCAUCCAUCGCCGGCGGGAUGUCCAGCCAGGACCUGAGCAUCACUGCAAAACUCAUCAAUGGAGGUGUGGCAGGACUCGUGGGAGUGACCUGUGUGUUUCCCAUUGACCUUGCCAAGACCCGACUGCAGAACCAGCAGGGGAAAGAUGUGUAUAAAGGAAUGACAGAUUGCCUGAUGAAGACCGCACGUGCUGAGGGCUUCUUGGGCAUGUACCGAGGGGCUGCAGUAAACCUCACCCUGGUUACUCCAGAGAAGGCAAUCAAGCUGGCAGCCAAUGACUUCUUGCGGCAGCUGCUCAUGCAAGAUGGGACGCAGCAGAACCUGAAGAUGGAGAUGCUGGCCGGGUGUGGGGCUGGAAUAUGCCAGGUGGUGGUUACCUGUCCCAUGGAAAUGCUCAAGAUUCAGCUUCAGGAUGCUGGCCGCUUAGCUGUCGGUCAUCAGGGCUCCGCCUCAGCCGCGCCCACCUCCCGGCCCUACAGCACUAGCCCGGCUUCCGCCCACAAGCGCCCAUCCGCGACCCUCAUUGCCCGGGAGCUGCUCCGCACUCAGGGCCUCUCUGGGCUCUACAGGGGCCUGGGUGCCACUCUUCUCAGAGACAUUCCCUUCUCCAUCAUCUAUUUCCCCUUGUUUGCGAACCUGAACCAGCUUGGGGUCAGCGAGCUCACCGGCAAGGCCCCCUUCACGCACUCCUUCAUGGCAGGCUGCGCAGCGGGUUCUGUGGCCGCGGUGGCUGUCACCCCUCUGGACGUUCUGAAGACUCGAAUCCAGACCCUCAAGAAAGGCCUGGGCGAGGACAUCUACAGUGGGGUCACUGACUGUGCCAGGAAACUCUGGACACAGGAGGGAGCAGCUGCCUUCAUGAAGGGAGCCGGCUGCCGGGCCCUGGUCAUAGCCCCCCUCUUCGGGAUCGCCCAGGGCAUCUACUUCAUUGGCAUCGGAGAACGCAUUUUAAAGUGCUUUGAGUAGUCUCAGGUGGCCUUGCUCGCUGCCACCUCUGGUCCUCCACUUGGGACUAGGAGCAUAAGAUGCCCACCCUGUCGUACAUGGUCUUUAACUUGUAGUGCUACCUCAGAAGUGACCCAUUUUACUAAGUGAGUAGAGCCCUCAUCUCCUUCCAUGAAACCUAGGCUGUGGUACAGUUUACCAGGGGCAUUCGGCAGCCUUGGUGUGUUAGGGCAGGCCCAGGCGCAGUCAGGACGGAAGAGGGCUGCUCUACGCUAACACUCCCACUGAAGGCAGGUGCAGCACAAGCUGUGAUGUCUGGGGACUUAGUGUUAAUCCUAGCACUGAUGCUGUGACAUCGGGAGUGCACCUGUGCUCCCGAGCAUCACUAGUGGUCAAAUGGACCCGAAUGAGCAAUCUGGCCACCUCACAGCUGUCCUGGCCAGAUGCCCACCCUGGUAUAGCCCUCCCAGAUCCCUCCUCGUGAGUGCUUGUGGGACAUGAUCAGUAAUAAAGCUGGGUAAAUCCUUGUCCUGUAA